AUGUUGACCAAAACUUUCUUCAAAGCUCUGCUUGUGGCAUCUUCCGUUUCAGGAGUAUAUGCGCACCCUCACAAAAGACAAACCACCAAUGGCCAAUCCGAACCGGUCCAGGCAGCAGGAGGAGGAGGUCCCUUGGCCCCUCCGCCAGUUGCAACAAAGAUUUUACAGACAAUUGAGGGAAUGAUCGUUGCUGCCAACACAACCGUACAGGGCUUGGCAGUUGCAGCUCCAAACGCUGCUGCAGUUGCUGGUACCAGUACGAAGAGCACCAUUCUGAUCUUUGCUCGUGACACUCCUUCUGCUUACUCGGCUACGUCUGGUCUCAAUGGCUAUGCCAUCCCGUAUCAGGUCGUCACUGUCCCCAAGGAAGGCACCACCCUACCACAGCUCAACAGCUCUUCCACUGCUGGAAACUAUGGAGCCAUCGUCAUCCUGUCCGAGGUCAGCUACGACUAUGGUGGAACUCUUGGAUUCCAAAGUGCUCUCACCGCUGCUCAAUUGGCAACUAUCUAUCAGUACCAGGUAUCUUUCGGUGCCCGCAUGGUCCGUAUUGAUGUCUUCCCUGGUCCAGCCUAUGGUGCCACUGCCAUCGGUGGAUGUUGCAAGACAGGAGUCGAGCAACUCAUCAGUCUCUCAAGCACUGCUGCUUUCCCAACUUCAGGAAUGAAGACUGGAGCUGGUGUUUCCACUGCUGGUCUCUAUCAUUACCCCGCCACCAUCACCAAUGCCACCAUUGCAACUGAGUUCGCCUCAUUUGGCCCAGCUACAGGCUUCCCAACCGCGUCCACUGCUGGUGUCAUCAACAACAUUGAUGGUCGACAACAGAUGGUUUUCUUCAUCGGAUUCGCUACUGAAUGGUCGGCAACCUCCAACUACCUCCAACAUGCUUGGAUCACCUGGGCCACCCGAGGCUUAUACACUGGUUUCCGCCGCACCUACUUCAGCAAUCAAGUCGAUGACAUGUUCUUGAUCUCUGACAUCUACCGACCCGCUGGUAGAACAUACAGAAUCACCACUGCCGACAUGGAUCAACACAGGAUCUGGACCUCUGAUAUCCAGAGCCGCUUGCCAGCUGGCAGCAAGUACUUCCUCGACAUUGGCCACAACGGCAAUGGCAACAUCGAGGCCGGAGCUGAUCUCGGUGGAACCCAAUGCGGUAUCGGACCAACCGAGUACCCUGAGCAGAUUGAUACUCCUCUCGAGUUCAAGAAGCCCCUCGGAACUGGCAAGAACCUCUGGCCAAGCACCCCAACCACUUACCCAUACACCACUACUUGCACCAACUUGGACCCUCUCAAGGUCUGGUUCGCCAAGGCCGCAAACCGUGAUGUCUUUGCUCACGUAUCUCACACCUUCACACACGAGGAUCAAAACAACGCCACUUACUUUGAUAUCUCCCGUGAGAUCUCAUGGAACCAGGCAUGGCUCAGGCAAGUCGGUAUCGCAGCUGGAAACAAGUUCAGCGCGAACGGCAUCAUUCCUCCUGCGAUUACUGGUAUGCACAAUGGUGAUGCUAUCAAGGCAUGGCUCGACAACGGCAUCAAGUAUGUCGUUGGUGACAACACUCGUCCAGUCUUGAUGAACAAGGAGAACGAGUUCUGGCCUCUCAUCAGCACCGUCGCUGACAACGGUUACGCUGGAGCUACCAUUGUUCCCCGCUGGGCUACCAACAUCUACUACAACUGUGAUCUCCCCGCAUGCACAGUCCAAGAGUGGAUCGACACUUCUGCCGGCAAUGGAGACUGGAACGCCCUCCUUGCCCUCGAGAAGGCCACCAACACCCGCCACCUGUUCGGUCUCCACCACGACCCCUACAUGUUCCACCAAGCCAACCUGAACUACGUGACCGCAGGCACCACCACUAUCAACGGCGUCUCCAAGAAGCUGUCCCUGAUCCAAGCCUGGGCCGAGACCGUCACCCAAGAGUUCACCCGCCUCGUAACCUGGCCCCUGAUCUCCCUCAAGCACGACGACACCGCCCUAGACUUCAUCAACCGCAUGGCCCGCGACAAGUGCGCCCCACAGCUGUCCUACACCACCAACCCAUCCGCAAAGACCAUCACUGCCGUCACACUCACCACCAACGGCAACACCUGCUCUGUCAAUAUCCCCGUCACGGUCCCAGGCACCGUCACCAGCACUCAGGGUUUCACCACCGAGAAGAUCGGCUCCGAUCCUCUCACCAUCUGGGUCACGAUGUCUGGGUCGCCAGUCUCGUUCACUCUCACCACUCCAGUCAGCUAUUAA